AAGCCAGUUCAUCUGCAGAAGGUGUCACCUGUUACAUACCAAACCCGUAUGCAUAAAGCUUUAUCAAAUCAAAAACCAAGAAUGGAGGAAGAGACAUCCACCCCUGUUUCUAGUGUCACAAAGGAAAAGUCCAGUAAAGUGUCAGAUCUCAUCAAUCGUUUUGAGGGAGGCAGCUCGUUAAAUCCUAGUGAUUUGAAGAAAGAUUCCUCUGUUCUCCACAUUCCUAAAUCUCAAGGAAGAUAUGGGUCAACACCAUCACCUCAGCCAAAACUUCCCUCCCAGCACCCACUACAAAAACAGGGAAACAGUAAUACCGACAAAACUCAGGUUGCACAGCUACACACAGCCAAUGGAGUAGUAGCACAAGACCAGACGGAGGAUGAGGACAGGAGAUUACCAGAUCGUGGCUCUGCUAUGUCCACCUCGGUUCCAGAUAAAGCCAUCAACAGCAGCUUGAUAAAUGGGGAAAGAGAAAGUGCUUCCAGAGAGUCAUUGCAAAGUAUGACUGCCUGUGAAGGACAGAUGCUUAACAGCUGCUACAGGACUCCAAGCAGUGAUACACUGCUCCCAUCUGAAAAUGAAACUCUAGAAACUAAUACUAAUGUGAAGGAAGAACCAGCUGAGGAAACCAGUAAGCAAGAUCAACCUGUAGAAACAAAGGAGACAGAUGAACAGAAACGGCACAAAAUUGCCAGUGAACUUCUACAAACAGAAAAAGCCUAUGUUAGCCGACUCGACCUCCUAGAUGGGGUAUUCUACUCUAGACUCCUUGAGGAAGCCAACAGAGGUUCCUUUCCAGCUGAAGUGAUUAACAAAAUCUUUUCUAAUAUUUCAUCGAUAAAUGCCUUCCACAGUAAAUUCUUACUCCCAGAACUUGAGAAAAGAAUGCAAGAAUGGACCACCACCCCCAGAAUUGGAGACAUUCUGCAAAAGUUAGCUCCUUUCCUCAAGAUGUAUGGAGAGUAUGUGAAAAAUUUUGAUAACGCAAUGGAAUUGGUGAAAACAUGGACCGAACGGUCACCUCAAUUCAAAUUCAUUAUUCAAGACAUUCAGAAGGAAAAAGUGUGUGGAAAUUUGACAUUGCAACAUCACAUGCUAGAACCAGUCCAACGCAUUCCACGCUACGAGAUGCUUCUAAAGGACUACCUAAGGAAAUUGCCUCAGGAUUCUCUAGACUGGAAAGAUGCUGAAAAAUCCCUGGAAAUUAUAUCCACUGCAGCAAGUCAUUCCAAUAGUGCAAUAAGAAAAAUGGAGAAUCUAAAGAAAUUGUUGGAGAUCUAUGAGAUGCUGGGAGAAGAGGAAGAUAUUGUGAACCCUUCAAAUGAACUGAUAAAAGAAGGACAGAUCCUUAAACUCGCUGCUCGCAAUACAUCUGCUCAAGAACGGUAUCUUUUCCUA